GUCCGCCUUGCUUCCUCUCUGUAUCUGUAUCUCUGUCGGCCAGCCUGUCUCUCUCUCUCUGUCAAAAUGGACCAGUUGCAUUAUGGAUUAAUGAUCAUUGUGUUUCUUCUGCCGAUGAACGGUUUACACUCAGUUUACAUCACUGACAACACAGAUUCUCUCAAACAGGUCCUGUCAGAGUUUGAUGUCGUCCGUCCAAUCAGGACCAACUCAAAAGGGCAUAUCCUGUCAGCGUCAGCCUCCACCAACCACCUGCACCAACGCAAAAGACACGCCCACUCUGCACAGGACACGCUCACUGAUAUAAAAAAUAUCAGAAGCAAAAGACAGACUCAAACAGACAUCUUAGACCAGACCCCGCCCAUAGAUGUGUCAACACCCAGCCAGAACGGACACAGCGAGAGAGGGCAGGGUUACAGGGAUGAGGAGGGGGAGCUUUUCUACAAUGUGACUGUGUUCGGACAGGAGCUCCACCUGCAGCUGCGUCCCAACUCACGUCUCGUUGCCCCCAGCGCCACCAUGGAGUGGUGGGAGGAGUCAGGACAGAAAUACUCCCAGCCAAUACGAGACACAGACUGCUUUUACACAGGAGAGGUGUCGAACAUGGAGGACACGUCCGUCGCCAUCAGCAACUGUGACGGACUGGCCGGGAUGAUCCGAAUGGGUCAGGAGGAUUUUUUUAUCGAGCCAUGGGAUCGACCAAGGUCAGAAAGUGAAGAACAAGGAGAGGAGGAGGAGGAAGGAGGAAGACAACACAUUGUUUAUCGCUCUUCAGCCAUCAUCAAGAAACAACAGGCUGUCAAUCAAUCUGAAGCUGUCAAUCAAACUGCAGAUGACUUCCUUCGUGGUCCUCUUUUGGGCUCCCUGUUGUUGAACCAGAAUGAGAUGUUGUCAAGAUCAGGCUCAGGUCGACGACGGCGUUACAUUGAAGAGGCUGAGCUCUUUAACAUUGAGGUUCUGUUAGCUGUGGAUUAUUCUGUUCUUCUUUUCCAUGGCCGAGACCACAUUCAGAAAUAUCUACUGACACUCAUGAACAUUGUUAAUGAGAUCUAUCAAGAUCAUUCUCUUGGUGCCAACAUCAAUGUAGUUCUGGUCAGAAUCAUCAUGUUGUCUCCAUCAAAGUCCCUGGACAUGGUCUCUGUUGGGAAUCCGCAGAAGAGUUUGGAGAAUGUUUGUGGAUGGUCGUAUCUCCAGCAGAGGGAACAGAGUCAUGCCGAGCAGCACGACCACACCAUCUACCUGACCAGGCAGGAGUUCGGUCCCUCCGGCAUGCAGGGUUAUGCUCCUGUUACAGGAAUGUGUCACCUGCAUCGGAGUUGUGUUCUCGUCUUUGAGGACGGUUUUUCCUCAGCCUUCGUAGCUGCCCAUGAAACAGGACAUGUGUUAGGGAUGGAGCAUGAUGGUGAGGCUAAUGACUGUGAGGAAGAUGUGCCAUUGGGCAGCAUCAUGUCUCCGCGAGUUCAGGCCACCUUCCAUCGAUAUCACUGGUCUCGGUGCAGUUGGAUGGAGCUGCACAAGUACCUUCAUACCUAUGAUUGUCUCCGUGAUGACCCAUUCAACCAUGAUUGGCCAGCUCUGCCUCAGUUGCCAGGGUUUCAGUACUCCAUGGACCAACAGUGUCGCUUUGACUUCGGACCAGGAUACAGUCUCUGUACUGCAUACGCAACCAUUGACCCUUGUAAACAGCUGUGGUGCAGUGACUAUAACAACCCGUUCUACUGUAAGACCAAGAAAGGUCCGCCACUGGACGGGACAAAGUGUGGACCAGGGAAGCACUGUUUCAAAGGUUUCUGCAUGAAGUUGACCCCUGACAUGCUAAGACAAGAUGGCAGCUGGGGAACAUGGAGUCCAUAUGGCAGCUGUUCCAGGACCUGCGGGGGAGGGGUCAGGUUUCGGGCCAGGCGCUGUGACAAUCCAGCUCCAGCCAAUGGCGGGCGCACCUGCUUCGGAAACAGUUAUGAGUUCCAGCUGUGCAGCAAAGAAGAGUGUCCACCACUGACUGACUUCAGGGAGGAUCAGUGUAAAAUCUGGAAUCCAUUUUAUGAACAUGAAGGAAGAAAACAUCACUGGCUGCCAUACCAACACCCUGACCCUGAUGAACGCUGUCGUCUGUACUGUCAGUCAAACGAAACAGCCGCGGUGGUUUCCAUGAACAGAAUGGUGCAUGACGGGACGCCCUGUUCCUACAGUGAUGGCCAUAGUGUCUGCGUCCGAGGAGAGUGUGAGCAUGUAGGUUGUGAUGGACAGAUCGCUUCAGACAUGCAGGAGGAUCGAUGUGGUGUCUGUGGAGGAGAUAACUCCAGCUGUAAAAUCAUCAAAGGAAACUUCACCCGCAGCACCAAGAAACAAGGUUACCUGAAGAUCCUGGAGAUCCCCAAAGGAGCCCGACACCUGUUGAUCCAGGAAUUCAAAGGGACUCCUCACAUCCUGGCGGUGAAGAACCAGGACACGGGUCACCUCUUCCUCAAUGGUGAAGACGAGCUCCCAGAAACCCGAGUGGUGAUUGAGAAGGGUGUGAUGUGGCAGUACAGCAACACGGAGGAGAAGGAGUCCAUCCAGACCACAGGUCCACUGAAGUAUGGAGUCCUGCUCAUGGUGCAUUCCCAUGGAGACUCAAAGGUGACGGUGUCUUACAAGUACAUCAUCCAGGAUGGUCUCCGGUCCUCGCUUGAGUCCAACCUAUUGCACGAGGACGGCAUCUUCUACGAAUGGGCGCUGAAGAAGUGGUCCCACUGCUCGAAACCCUGCGGAGGAGGGAAACAGUACACGCGAUUCGGCUGCAGGAGGAAGGCUGAUGGUAAAAUGGUUCACAGGAUGUUCUGCUCCAGCAUUAAUAAACCGAGAGCUAUUAGCCGCAGCUGCAACUCCAACGCCUGCAGUUCCCCACGCUGGGUGACCGGGGAGUGGGAGGACUGCAGCGCCUCCUGUGGCCAGACCGGGUGGCAGCGUCGCUGGGUGAGCUGCCAGCAGACUUCCAGCACGGGGCAGCAGCAACAGAAGCGUUCGGUGCACAGCAAACUCUGUGGCGAGGACCGUCCAGAGGGAAAACAAACCUGCAACCGCUUCCCCUGUCCUGCUUCCUGGCGAUCUGGGCCCUGGACCCCGUGUUCAGUGUCAUGUGGAAAUGGGACUCAGGAGCGCCAGGUUGCGUGUUCAAGUUCCGAGGGUUCAGCUCGAAACUGCAGUGAGCCCCGACCGAUCACAACACGCACCUGCCAGGCCCCGCCCUGUAGUGGUGACCCGAAGAACGCCAUCGUUCAGUGGCUGUCCCGGUCCAACACAGACUUCCCAGCACCAAAGAUCCCCUCCAGGCAGCGCUGUCGUGCUGACCGCUCAGUGUUCUGCCGGAUGGAGGUGUUGAGUCGGUACUGCUCCAUUCCUGGAUACCGUCAGAUGUGCUGCAAGUCCUGCAGCGAGGGAAACAUCAGCACCUUCAGCAACUUUAGCAGCACAAAUCCCCCGACCUCCAGUACCAGUUCCUGGAGUUUAACCACAGAGACGAUGACUUUAUUAUCCACCUUCUCUUGGUCUGGAGUCAGUGAAAUAAUGACUACCCCACCACCAAGCUUCACUGUAACUCCGACCCCCACCAGCAGGAGCCCUACCGACUUUGUUUACGUGGAGUAUGACGAUUAUGAUGAUUAUUCAUCAUACGAGGAUCCUUCUGUUCCCUCUGCAACUCCUGAUAUCAUUCCAACAACAACUACUACAACUGCUACUACUACUACUACUACUAGUACUACUACUACUACUACUACCACUACUACUACAAGACGUGCAAGAAGAACUGCUCCACCUCAUUUAUUCAAGAGGAAAACUACCACUACCGCAAUGCCCCCUGCUACAGUUCCCAUGGCAUAUGCUGAGGGUCAAGGUCCCACACUGACGCCGGUUAUGACGUCUGCCGUUCCAGAGUUCCCCACCUCACCGUCAGCUGAUCCUGAUGACGUCAUCAUCGCCACAUCAUCACCAAACAGAACAUCAGAAAGUGGGAACCUUCAAACUGAAAUGAAUCUGACAGGAACUGAACCAACACCACCAGCGUCUUCAUCGUCGCUCUUCUUCCCUCUCCCUAAAAAGGAAAACAACUCAGUGGAUGAGGUCCCGUAUCGGAUUGUGGGAUUGGACAGUGAUAUCCCCAGGGGACAUCAGAACUACUUUGUGCCGCGGAUGCCACCAUUCCGCGAGCGAACACAAAACAAACGCAUCCAGCAGCUCCUUAAUGAGAAACGGCGUCAGGAUCUUCUAAAGAGAGCCGCCAGGAGUAGAGAUGGCAGGACUGAAAGGAAACAUGUUGGAUUAUAAAGAUUAGUCUACAAUCGUUUAAGUUUUAUUGUUCACUCAUGAUGCCGCAUGUGCAGCUUGCUCACUUUGCGCUAAUGCUUACGAACUCUUAACGAGAAACAGAAACAGACUGCAGAGCCGACUGCCAAAACAAAUGUGUUAUGAGGAUGUUCUACCAACUUCUCAACUUUCAACUUCAUGUUUUUUUUAAAGUUUACAGUCAUGUUCUCCAUGCAGCAAAAUUAGCUGUGCUUGAAUCUAGAAUAAAGUAUCCUGAAUUCUUGACUUGAUUCUUAAAGGUGCUAUUUAAAAGAAAAUUUGAUUUUUGAGUCUAAUGCCCAAUUCAUCAAAAAGUGCCACUUUGGGAUUGUAGGACAGGUUGGCUGUCAUCUCUAAGGGUCAGUUUUUGCUUGUUGGGAAGUUGGGAAGCCCAGAGCACUAUUAUUUGACAUGAAAUUUCAGAAAAGUUCAGAAUAAGACUCAAAAUCAACUUUUCUUACUAAUGGUGUCUAUAAAGGUUAACGAUGCAAGAUCAGAAGGUGGAAACGUUCGCUUCAUUGUUCUUCCCAAAAAAAAUUGUUCUGGUUUUCAGUUGUUGGUUUUUAUAUUCAUGAUUUUUGUACAAAAGAAUCCUGUUUCUAAAUAAAGUCUCAUUCACCUGCUGAUGUCA